GUCUCACCACUUCCCGUCGAACAACGUCUACCCGCAGACCAUCAGCCUUACGUCUGUCUGGGCUCGAACUCCAUCGAACGGGUUUCGAAGGAGUUGAGGUUAUUCGCAACAGUCUAGCCUACGAUGAGUGAAUCGUGGACAUACAACACCCCGCCGGGGACGCCGUCCACGGGGCCCCAGAUCACGGCUAUCGCGUUGGUGUUUACCGCGCUGUCACUGAUCAUCAUGAUGUUGCGGUUAUAUGUCCGUGUGAUCAUGCUCAAGGCCGCUGGUUCAGAUGACUGGAUCAUCUUUGUUACGUGGUUUGCCGCUUGUGGUUUCACAAUCGUCAGCACUAUUCAAACGAAAUGGGGCCUUGGUCUCGAGAAGUUGGAAGACAUGCCUCUGGAGAAUCUCUACAACUUUGGUCUGCUACAAUAUGCCGGCGCUCCUUUCUACAUCAGCAGUAUUCUCGGCUUCAAGAUCAGCUUGCUUCUCUCAUAUCUCCGCUUCAUCCCGAAGGGUCCCUACAGAUGGGCAACCUUCGUCACUAUUGGUCUCUGUGUUGCGUACCACCUUGCCUUCUUGCUCGUGCAGAUAAAUCUGUGCACGCCUAUCGCGAAGCAAUGGGACCCAACAAUCACAAACGGUUCUUGCAUUCCGGGAGUUCCCUUCUACACCAGCAUGGCGUCUCUUACGAUUGCGUUUGACGUUAUUGUCAUGUUCCUUCCCUUCCCCGUCCUCGCCUCCUCCAAGAUCCAAAAGCGCAAAAAGUUCGUCCUUCUCGGACUCUUCGGCCUCGGCGCCUUCAUCACCGUCAUUCAAAUCAUCCGAAUCCAAACCGUCCACGCCCUCGCGAAUUACCUCGACUCCUCGCCCCUCAUCAUGUGGUCCGCGAUCGAAAACAACCUCGGCAUCAUAGUCUGCUGCAUCCCCACCCUCGCGCCCCUCGUCAAAUACUUCAACGAAAAGAGCAGGUCCGGGAGUCGAAGCAACAAAUACGGUGGUGCGAGCGGCUACGGAAAGACGGGACACAGCGGCAAUGUCGGAAGCAGGUACGCGCUGCAGAGCUGGCGUCCGGGGAUGAGCGGUAUGCAGCCGCUCGGCAGCGGGAUCGAUCACAGCGAUCGGGAUAUUGGGGUUCAGAGUUCAAGGAUAGGAAAGGGGUCGGAUGACGGCAGUGCCGAUUAUCAUCUUGAUGCGCCGGUUAUUGUCAAGAAGACGGAGUUUGUGGUUACGAGCAAUCCUAGGGAGCCAGGGGAGGCUGUUUGAAGGAGGUCCGGGAGCGAGAAUCAUUAACGACUUGGUAUAUUGAUGUCUGGGUACUUGUCUAAAUAAUUAUAAUCUGUAUGAAUCUACAGGGACGCCGGCCGUGUGUACCCCAGCUUAUGAGUUUGCUUCAUCAAGAUUUCGACUCUCUCGCGGUACCCAGAUCCCCGUUCAGUCGACAAUGGAGUGGU